AUGCGACCAAGGCUUUUUGCUUUCUUCCCGAUGCUGUUCCAAGUAACUACCGCAAAACAGAAGCCAAAGCAUUCCAACACACUAUGCCUUCUUUCACGUCCGAUUCCGACACUAAAGGAUAGUUCCGUUGUUCUGACAGACCAAUGGGCCGUGGCUCCCUUGACGAACGUUGACUUCGUCAUUGACAACAUAUUCUGCCCCAGUGAAGAGACAAAUCGACGAGAGCGAUCCGACCAAGAACCGUGCGUGUUCUGUCACAAUGGGUAUGACUUCAAAUUUCUCGCAAAUCUAACCGUUAUUGCCGAAAACGUUUAUCGGACUUUCUAUACACUAAAAGCCACUCAGACCAUUGGAUCCGACUUCAAUGCAUCUCUGCAGGCUGCGGAGCCUCUCAUCCAGAGACUGGAACAGUGGCACGACAGCCUUCCUCUACACCUUCGCACUGAUGAACCCCGACAAACGGGCACGCUACAAAGCUCCUUCCACUCGACCUCGGGGGCUCACCUUCGGCUUGCCUCCCUGACUCUGGGAAUACUGCUGUACCGCGCUGUGUUCCGACCACUUUCCAUGCCCAGUCCAGGAACCCCUACGUCACAAGAUAUAGGAUCUAUGACCCGGUUCAAUCGACUGAACGACAGUCGUGCUACCGGAUUAAAACUCGCCACCACGGCCUGGAUCAACCGUGUGCUGUCUUAUUGUGAAGGCCUCACAGCGCGUGAUCAAAACAGCUUGUGGUUCUCCUGGUCCCACAUAUGCUUCGCGACAAUAACCAAUUUUAUCAUAUUUCGACUCCUUCACUCGAGGCACAUGAUGCCUUUGACGCGUCGCUGGGCCGAGAUCCUUCGUGACCAGUCCGUGUCGUUUUCGCAGACGCGAUUCGGCCUCCUACGUCUCGACACGAUGUUCAUCUCAGGUUUCGAAAACGUCUUCCACUGCGGAAAGUUUUUGACAGAUGUUUUGCAUGAAAAUGUCAAGAACGCAGGACCCCAACCGACAUGA